AUGACCAGGGAGUCAUAUUUCACAUAUUCCGAAGAUCAAGAGUCAGCCGUCAACCAUGACAUCCACUGGCGUCCCGGCAUCGGCGCGGAUGGCACCGAGACCUACAUGCCGCGGACCGUUAUUUACGACCUGAAAGGUGGCUUUGGGUCCAUGGCAAAGACAAAUGCGCUGUACAAUAAUCUCGAGGAGGGACAGACGCCUCAAGCUUUGUGGAAUGGCCCAACCGUCCUUCAAAAACAGCCAACCAUCCCUCAAUCCGCCUACCAACAGUCCCUCGACGCCGGCCUCGAACCGGCCCCCCUCUCAACAGACUCAGUCCGCUACUGGUCCGACUUCAACCGCGUCUUCUACCACCCGCGCUCCGUCGUCCAACUAAACGAGUACGAGCUCAACUCAUCCAUCAUGCCCUUUGAGCGCUACGCCACAGGCGAAGACCUAUUCGCCUCUCUCGACAAGGAAUUCGACCUUCUCGACCGGGACCUCCGCCCGUUCAUCGAAGAAGCCGACCAGAUGCAAGGCAUCCAAGUCCUGACGGGUAUCGACGACGCCUGGGGCGGCUUUGCGGUCAAGUACCUGGAGAGGGUGCGGGAUGAGUACGGCAAGACGGCGGUAUUCGUGUGGGGCAACGAGCAUGGGGACUCCUUCAAACCGGGACAGACGAGGGAGAAGCGCCUCCUUCGACUGGCCAACAAGGCGCGCACGCUGACGGAGGUGUACAAGUACGCGAGCGUCGUGGUGCCGUUCACGGUGCCCUUUGCUACGCUGGACCCGACCAAGUUGGCCCUGGACGCCGGGUCGCAGUGGCAUACUACUGCGUUGUUGGCUACGGCCAUGGAGAGCGUCACGCUUCCGAGCCGCUUGAGGGAUAAGGCGAAUAGGGAUACGCUGGGCACGCUGGCUGAUACGCUUAAUGCGAUGGGCAAGCAGAAUGUGGCGAGCUUGGGGAUGAGCUUUGCGCCGCAGCCGAUAGACGAAGAGGAAGAGGAAGGCUCGACGGAUCUCAGGCAGAGGCAGCUUGGCAAACAGAAGCAGAGUGGACAUGCGGCUGUGAUGGCGAAGGAGAACCCGGAGGGAGUGUUCCUUGAUAUUAACUUUACUCCGUCGGAUCAGCUGGAUUAUAUCCGUCGUCGUGGCGGUGGUGGUGGGGGUGAUAACAGACCGAGGAUGUUUAGCCAGGUGAUCACCUCGAGAGGUUAUGAGGUUGGUGAUGAGGCGCAGGAGGCUGAGGAGGCUGAGGAGGAUGAGAGGUUCCGCAGGAAGAGCUCGUAUGAGCCUGUUACGAGGAGUUAUCACACCUCCCUUCGCUUCCCUCUUCUGGAUAGCUUCCCACAGAUUUUCAAGGAUGGCAAUGGUGAGCUACUGAAGAGAGGAGGAGGCCUCAACGUCACUAGCAGUCUGUCCACGGAUGCUUCGGUGUGCAAGAGGCUGAAGCUGUUGAGGACCACGGUCGUUCGGUCGAUUGGAAUGGAGGACAGGGAGCAGCUUGGAAAUGAGCUGGCGGAGAUGGCUGAUGAGUAUCAUGAAGGGUGGUCGAGCGGAAGCGAUGAUGGCGAUGACGAUUGA